AUGAUGGAAUUUAUCUGUUGUGUUCCAGGAAGACAAAAUCUACCUAAUUAUGUAGCAGAAAAUGAUGAGGAAACAAUUGUAUUUUGUAAGAGUACAGUUGAUGAUAAUCUAUUAUUACCUAGCAAUGAGGAAUCAUUGUCAAGUUUCCAGUUUCAAGAAAUAGUUUUGAGUGAGGGUUCCGAUAUUUUUAAUGGUUUGAACAUUAAUAUCAAUAGUUUAAGGUUAUUUAAAACAAAUCUAUCUAAAAAUAGAUCAGAAGCUGAAAGAAGUAAAUUAGCAUUAUGGUAUGAGUUCGUUAAAUUUGUCACUUGCAAUAAGGUCAGAAUAUUAGCUUUAGAAGGCUUAACAAAAUUUACAAGAUGGAUUGUAAAUAUUAGGGAGGCAGGUUUAUGGAAAUUUGUUAUGGAGUUUGAAUCUGAAGGUAUAAUUGAAAAGCUAACAGAAAUUGAAUUCAAUAAAGUCUUAAAUGGUGAAGUUGACCUUUUCCAAUUAAGCAAUCAAUUGUUCAAGUAUUAUUCUGCAGCUAAUGAUGAAAUACACAAUUUGGAAAGAGCCAAUGAGGUGCUAUCCCAUGAAUUGAAAGAAAUGCAUGAGAACCAAUCAAUUCUUGAUAGACUGAUAAAGGAAAGAGAUACUAAAACCAGAGAUGUAGUAUUAGGACUUUUAAAUGAAAAGAAGAAGAAAAUAUCCGAAUUAACUGAGAAAUUAAUGAGUAUUGAAACUAAAUAUGGUGAGGAUAAUGGAGGCGAAGACAGUAAAUUAAUUAAUAAAAAUGUUACAAAUGCAGUAUCUUCAUUGAAUUCACCAGGGAAACGAAGACAAAAUAACAGAGAGACAAAUGAACCAGAUAAAGUGAAAAGAAGAUUGAAGUUCCCAAUCAAGGAAGAAGAAGAGAAAGUUGGUGAUGGUGACGAUGAUUUUGAAGACUUCCAAUUUUUUGGUAUCAACAAGAAAACUUCAUCGCCUGCAAAGAAUGCCAAGAAAUACGAAUCGGAAUUGAAUAUCCAGUUAGAGGAUACGCCAAGAAUAAAAUAUGAGGCGGGAGAUGACCCUUUCAUCGAUGAUGAAGUUGUUUCUAAAAACAACAAUAAAGUGAUGACAGAAUCGGAAACCAACACAGAAGCUGAAAUUGAAAUUGAAAUACCAACUCAGAUUAAUGCUAAUCCAGAAAAACAAAAACAAACGCAAACGCAAACGCAAACGCAAACGGAUACAGACACAGAUACAGAUACAGAUACAGAUACAGAUACUGGAAUAUGUACAAGUCAGAAGGCAGGAAAUGAAGGUGUGGCUCCAGAUGAAAUAAAUUCGGAAUCUUCAACGGAAGAAGAAUUAGACCCACAUUAA